GUUUUACAUCUAGCUGCAAUAACACACACUGUUCAUUCAUUUGCCCCAGCUGUUCUUGCCCCGGUCCUGCCCCGCGGCAUUUUUGCAUAGUUUGCACCCGCGCUCAGUUCCUUAGUCACAGUGUCUCAUUGUCUCUUAAACUUGAACUCAGCUCAAGUUAGUGAGCAGCCUUUUGUUCACGAGUAGCUGUUGAGGAGCAAAGGGGCGCCAAAUGGCCAAGGCACAAGCACACGUUGAGGUGCUGGCGGAGGACCAGCAGCGGAUAAAUGCGUUCAGCCGGCUACACAUGAAGAUGCAGGAGCUAGAGCGUAAGCUAGCUUCAGAAAAGCGCUACCUGGAGGAGCUGGAGGAUGCCAGCAACGAGCUCAUGCUCUCAGACGAUGACAAUGUCCGGUUCCUUGUCGGGGAGUGCCUGGUGCACUUCGAGAAGGACACGGCGGAGGGGCGGCUCGAAGAGGUGACCAAGGAGGCCAAGGACAGCUCUGAGAAGACUGCGGCGGACCUGGUGGAUGUGAAGAAGCAGCUGGCCGACCUCAAGGCGCACCUGUACGCCAAGUUCGGAACCCAGAUUAACCUGGAGGAGGAGUGAGCAGCGAGAGGUGGCACUGUGGCAGGGGAUGGGGAGGGGAGCGAGGAAGAUGGAGGAGCAGUGAGGAGGAGGAGGUUUGGGGGGGAGGAGGAGGCGGAGGAGGAGGGAGGAGGAGGCGGGAGGAGGCGGGGGAAAGACCGUGGGGCCUCGAAGCUCGGCAGGGAACGUGACGUGUCGUGUGUGAAACUUGCUUUGCCUCUCAGGUUCGCGGGGGAUGAUUUGAAGUCUGUGCGGCUGUCCUUGUGCCGCUGCGCUUGUAUCACGUUGAGGCAGAGUGCAGGGGUAGGAGGCGGGCUUCGGCAGUUGGGUCGGUCAGGGGUCGUGCGGAGAGCGUGCACGCGCACUUUUUGCUGCCCCUGUAACAUUGGCCAUGU